UGUUUUUUUCUGCUUCAGAUUUAACCACAAAUUUCCUUCAGUUCAUUUAGUAAACUGUAGAUAAUUCCAGAAUGCAAAACCUUAUUAUCUUGAUCAUUGCAGUCUGUGCUGUUUCAGCCACAAAUGCUGCCUCUAAUUCAACUACAUUGUGUCCUCAAUCAUACUGGGGACCGAAUUGCGCAAAUUUCUGUGGUUACUGUCACAACCCUCAAGAUACAGAAGUACAAGGAGUGUACGAUCGUACAUGCGACUCGGUGACUGGAGGGUGUGCUAAUGGAUGCCAAGGUGGAUGGAGUGGGGCAAAUUGUGAUGAAGCUGUUUGCGAAGAUGGUUGUAAUGGAGGUGAAUGCAUUGCGCCAAAUGUCUGUGGCAAUUGUCCAACCAUUUCACAUAUCAGCCCUGGAUGCACUAAUAUUAAGCUGCGUGGUCUUCUUGGUUCUCUAACUGCUUUUGCAGUUCUUAUCUUCUCCUUGGCAUCAUGUGCCUUUGGAAGCAUCCUAUACGAACGCCGCAAGAAUACAUCUGUUGCACUGUAGACGAAUUCAAAAUUAAUUCCAUGAACUUCAAUUCAAUAUCCUCUAAUAUAACACUUUUUCACCCAUUUUUUAACUACCAUAAACAAACAUGGACUUAAGAUUGACUUAUAAGGCUUAUUCAUCAAAAAAUUUGCUUGUUGUAUAUUCAUUUUUUCUUGAGUUGUCAUUUCUUUUGAUGUACCAUUACUGGUCACAAUCUUCUAGGCUUCUUCAUGUCGAAUCCCUUUAUUGUAGUUAUUCCUUAGGUUUUUAAGCAAUUGACAUUCAUUCAUCAUACUCCGAGAGCAAUUUACUGUACACAAAAUAUGUAUGUGCUUUGUUUUAAUUUUAAAUUGCAGCAUUUUUAUGAAUAGUUUCACAUAUAAAAAUUGGCCAAUGUAUUGUAUUAUAUUUGGGGCAUUUUAUCCAUUGCUCUAUAUAUCGGUUCAUAAAAGUGGUACUAUUGUUUGUAAUUUAAAAUGGCUAACGGUACAUUGUCUUAUUAACUGUUUUUGUGAUAGAUGUUGCAUGAUUAUGUGGUACCAGAAACUUUAAUUUUAUCCUAAUAUUGAAUAAUGUAAUUUUCACUAUUUCAAUCUUAAUGAAAUUCCAGUUUGAAAUGAUAGAAUAAAGAUUAAUUUUAAAGUA